UUCUGACUUAAUGCAACUCAGAAGAACCUAGUGCGCCCAAUGAUUUCAUAAUGUACUCCUUAUGAACGCUACCAAUUUCGUUCAACAGCGAUUGCUUUUGCGCCAUGCCAACAAAUGCGGCUACAUGGCAUAGAGAUAACAGGAGUACUCCUGAAGGAUGGCAAUCCGUUACCAUUAAGUAGUAAACAAGAACUGGAAGAUCAGCCAGUAGCUGGACAGUUUGAAGAUAUUUGCACCAAGGCUAAUUUCUCACUUUGCCAUACCUACUGUCACCAUGUCUGGAAGUUUGGGCUUCGCGCCUCAAUUUCGUCCAAGAUAAACGUGCCAUACGAUACGGUCGGAUGUGGCUUUUCUUCAUUAAUUGCCCCUCCUAAUCGAACUCACGUCAUUGUCAGGACAGAGAAUAAAGGAUCUGCUGAACUGCACAAUUUUGUAAUGGAAUUGUUUUCGGAAUGGGAAAAACGAAGAAAUGACACAAAUAUCAUGGGCUUUAAACUGCAGUCACACUUUGGUAAAUUGGUCCCAAUCGUUUAA